AUGUUACACAUUCCAAGACGACUGAAGAAGUUGGCGGCUCCUUUUGUGUCUUCUUCGUCGUCUUCGCUUGACGACGAACUCGUUGAUACUGAUGUUCUCCUCGCAUCUCUUCCUGUGACUCCGGAGUCGAGUCAUUCAUCGCAUUCUUCUAUAUCAUUUCACGAUUUUGGUGGCCGAGCAUCCAAAUCCACGUCAUCAGUUCCUGCUUUGAACGUACUUGAUGAUUCUCAGCCUCCUUCAACUACUAAUUCGGUACCCCAAUCCAACUCUGUUUCUAGAUACGACGAUCUUACUACAUCUCCCGCAUUGACUAAGAAGCAUAAACGUUAUCUUUCCAAUGAUCAAGAGGCAAAGAUGUCUCCUCAGUUACUUCUUAAACCUUUUACUUCUACUUCUUCAUUCAGUUCUGCUAGACAAAGUUCUCAAGGAAACACAUUGUCUGUAAGGAAUAGUGUGGGUGGAACUAGUGAAACCAGUGGUCCCAGUGGAACCAGUGGAACCAGUGACCCAGGUGCUGAAGCUGUGACGAAUGGGGAACCCUCUUCAAUUAAUCCAUCCUUUACAAACCUUUCAUCAGACUCUGCAGUUGCGAAAACAAAUCAAAAUAACGGCAACGAUGAACCUGCCAUCAACAAUAUCAACAAUACUGCUGCAGCAAGCUAUCUCUCCCCUAAAAUAAAACUGCAUUUCAAUGAGCUCGAAUCUAUGAUUGUUGAAGGUCUUAGUAACCGGUUAGAAGAUGUCGACGGUGAGAAUGUCAAACUGGUAGAUGAAUUGACUGUCAAAUACAAACAACUAAACACUAUGACGGCAACAUUAAGAUCCAAUCUAACUACACUCAGCAAGUAUAUUAAAGAAUUGGACGAUACCAAAACGAAAGAGGUGGAAAGUCUCAAAUCUAGCAACUUAUUUAAAAACCUAAACGAUCUCAACGUGAGAAUCGACGGUGUUAGAGAUAACUUAAAGAAAAACAAUGACAAGUUGGCCGGCUUUGACUCUAAUUUGUCACUGAUGGAAGAAGCCAAAGAGCGUCAUUUGGUUGUCCAGAAGACGAGACGUGAUGUCAUCAUAACCAUACUGGCUUGCAUUACACUGCUAAUCAUUCUGAAGAUAGUCAAGUCUGUGUAUUAUACAGGCAAAUAA